AUCGAUGAAAAAAAACUUCAAUCUUUGGUUCUGCGUUAGUUCGAUUAUCUAAGCAGUUCUACGAGCAAAUCUAUGAUACUGUAAGCGGUGCCCCGAGAGGCCGAGACUAUUUCAUCUUGUGAGGGUUUGGCAUAAGGGAACACAAGGAUCUAACUGGAUUAAUUAAUUGAUAAAUAAUUUCUCACCAUCUUCUUUGUCCAAACCCUUCAACUUCGUUAAACCCUUCCGCCGUGAGAACCACCGUGCACCCAAAACCUCGCCACCACCUUCUAACAAUGCUACCAAAACGACUCCUUCACUCUUCUCAUCCCACCUUUUCUAUUCGCCUCUUUCAUCUUUCUUCAUCUUCUUCUUCUUCUUCUUCUUCAACUCCCCUUCCCGAAUCCCUUUCUCACUUCCAUCGUUCCCUCGAAAACUACCCAAAUUCAGUACCCUCUUAUUCCUCCUGCAACACUCUCAUAGACAACCUACGAAAAGCAAAACACUACGACCAAGUAAUCUCUGUUCAUUCAAAAAUGGUCAGUGUCUCUGUUUUCCCCUGUUUCACUUCUUUAUCUGCUUUGAUUGAGAGUUUUGUCAAUACCCAGAACCAAAGUUUUGCUUUUGGUGUUCUGGGGUUGAUUAUAAAACGUGGUUUUAGUUUAAAUGUGUAUAAUUUUAACCUUUUGUUAAAGGGUUUUUGUCAAAGUAGUGAUUUUGAUAAGGCUAUGGAUUUGUUUUGUAUGAUGAAGAGGAAUUGUGUGGAUCUUGAUAGGGUUAGUUAUAAUACAGUUAUUAAUGGACUUUGUAAAUGUAAGAGAUUUGUUGAAGCUAGGGAAUUGUUUGAGGAGAUGAAGGUUGGGGAUUGUAAGCCGAAUUUGGUUACGUUUAGUGCUUUGAUUGAUGGGUUUUGUAAGAAUGGGAUGGUUGAGGAGGGUUUUGGUUUGUUGGAGGAGAUGGAGAAGAUGGGUUUAGAGGCUGAUGUGUUUGUGUAUAGUUCUUUGAUUAGCGGAUUUUGUAAUAAAGGUGAUAUUGAGAGGGGGAAGGAACUUUUUGAUGAGAUGUUGAGGAAGAAUGUUACUCCUAAUGUUGUUACUUAUAGUUGUUUGAUGAAUGCUCUUUGUAAGAAACAAAAGUGGCAAGAAGCCUCAAAAAUGUUGGAUGAUAUGACGGCUUGUAAGGUUCGUCCUGAUGUUGUUGCGUAUACGGUUUUAGCUGAUGGGCUUUGCAAAAAUGGGCGGGUGUCUGAUGCGAUUAAAGUGUUGGAUUUGAUGGUGCAAAAGGGGGAAGAGCCGAAUAAUGUAAUGUAUAAUGCUAUCAUAAAUGGACUUUGUAAUGAAGGUCGGGUAGAUGAUGCACUUAGGCUUCUGGAAACUAUGGCGAAGAAGGGGAAGAAACCUGAUGUGGUUACCUACAACACAUUAGUGAAAGGACUGUGUGGAGUUGGAAAGAUUGACGAGGCCAUGGACCUUUUGAACCUGUUAAUGACUGAUGAGUUCCAUACAAAACCUGAUGUCUUCGCAUUUAAUUCGGUAAUUCAAGGAUUUUGCAAAGAGCAGCGUCUUCGUUGUGCUAAAAGGGUCUACUAUACAAUGGUUGAAAGGGGGUUCCCACGUAACAUAGUAACUUAUAAUAUUUUGAUUGACGGUUAUCUAAGCGCUGGAAAGCUUACCAAGGCAUUGGAAUUAUGGAAGGAUGCACUAGACUCGGGAUUUUCCCCGAAUUCAAUGACCUAUACUGUCUUGAUUAAUGGUCUUUGCAAAAUGCAAAUGCUAAGUAUUGCAAAAGGACUUUUCAAUAAAAAAAGAGCUUCUGGAACUAGACCGACAGUAAUUGAAUACAAUACACUAAUGUUAUCCUUGUGCAACGAAGAUAGUUUGGAGCAGGCUAGGAGUUUAUUUCAAGAAAUGAGAAAUGCGAAUCACAAUCCUGAUGUUGUCUCGUUUAAUAUAAUCAUCGAUGGAACCCUCAAAGCUGGAGAUGUUAAAUCAGCCAACGAAUUGAUAUCGGAGAUGGUUAACAUGAAUUUGGUCCCCGACAAUAUUACAUUUUCUAUAUUAAUAAACAGGUUCUUAAAACUUGGGCAGUUGGAUGAGGCCACGUCGCUUUAUGAGAGAAUGGUCUCUUGUGGUCAUGUACCAGAUGCUGUGCUAUUUGAUUCUUUGCUAAAGGGAUAUAGUUUAAAGGGUAAGACAGAAAAAGUUGUUUCCAUGCUUCAACAAAUGGCCGAUAAGGAUAUUGUUCUGGACUCGAAAUUAACUUCAACCAUCAUAGCUUGCCUAUGUAACAUGCCAAAAGAUCUUGAUAUAAAGAAGAUACUACCAAAAUUUUCACAGCAUGCAUCUGUAGGAGCAAACAUUAAAUGUAAUGAACUUUUGAUGAAACUGAAUAAGGUUCAUCCAGAGCUUCAAUUAUUUAUUGCUUGAGUAAAGGCUUCAAAUGGAUUCACAAACAGUUGAAGGUGCAGUUGCUGAUUUGGUAGAUUUGGAGCGUGAUAAUGAAAAUGUUGAAGUUGAUGAUGAAACACCUGAAAGUAAGAGGGCCAAAACUACUACUGCUGAUUGUUGGAAAUUUUUCACUAAACUUGGCCCUGGUGCUGAUGGCGUUCACACAACAAAGUGCAAUGGUUGUGGAAAGGUGUUUAGGGCAGGCGGUAAGAAUCAUGGGACCACGACACUAAAUCGUCAUUGGCCUAAAUGCGACAAAAUCAACAGUAGUCGUUUUGGCCCUCUUAAACACAAGAAUCUGGAAUGCAGCAUUGAAAAACCCGCAACCUAUGUUGUCGCAUUUUGGCCAAUAACGAUUUAGUGUCGUGGUCCCAUGAUUCUUACCACCAUUCCACAACCAUUACACUUUGUUGUGUGAACGCCAUCAAUAGCAGGGCCAAGUUUAGUGAAAAAUUUCCUAACAUUGUGAGAGACCAUAUGCCUUAUGGCCAUACCAGUUUCAACUGUGUAUUCUGAAAAUGCUUUCAGAACUGUACCGGGGGCAAAGUUUUAUAAACCUAUAGAAGCCCUCUAUUUUUUUAAAAUAGAAGCUCUCUUAAUCCAGAGAUCACUGAAGCUUUAAUUUGUACCCGAAACUAAUUGAGGUCUUCCAUUUUGUCAAUUUAAAGGCCAAAUUCUCCAUGAAGAGUUCGACUGAAACUAUGUAACAGUUAAAUUUUGGUAACAUUUAAGGUGGCAAGAAUUUUGGUACUUGCAGAGCAUCCACACACUUCUAAAAGAAUUGAUGUUGUAAUGUAAAGAUCUUAGUUUAAAUCUGAAGUUAAUCAUCCUUGAUGAAAGUUAGACAUUUCAAAAGUUCAAGAUGACGAAGUUGGCAAUGGAACAACCUCUUGUUGUAUUGGCUGAUUGCAGCUACAACGGAUCCAAUGACUAUAAUAGCAGGUUCAUUUCUUUUAUUUUCAACAGUGGUUCAGAUGCCCUUAUGAUAUGGAUUUUUUUUUUGUUUUCGCAUUAACAAAUUUCUAGUGACAACUUCAUUGAUUCACAUACUGAGUGUUAGGCAAUUAACCUCGGCAAGUAAUUUAAUUGCUGAUGAAAGUUACAUUUUCCUUAUUGUCUGCCCUAUUAUUUUUAUGCAUAUUAUACAUAAAAGUUCUUUCUUUGGUACCUAACAACUUUGAGUGCGACUUUGAAAGUUUAUAUUGAGCAAAUACAUGUAAAAAGCUUAUAGUUUCUAAAUUUAGUUGUACCAUCUUUUUAUUGAUGGAUGUGAUCUACUGGUGGUAACAGAAUCUGUAAAAAUAAUUAUUCAGUCAUAAUAGUUUUCUACAUUGUUAAUGUUUUACAGCAGGAUCAGACGCAAAUGCAA